UGGUCCGCCAUGUUUGUGUAUGACUUCAGCGCCGUCUUCACAUAAAUACACUGACUAUCCACAUCAAGUCCCAAAAACACCCCGAUAGCAUCUGUCCCAAUGCACUAAUCCACAGUUUAAAGGAAAUAAACACCCUGAAGACAUUUGCCGUCCUCUGUAAUGGCGGCCAGCGCCCGAGAUGAGGAGUUUGAUGAGUAUGAUAAACCGGGAGCUGAGAGAUCGAGGAGGCGAAGAGGAGAUGAUGAUGACCUGGACAGUGAUUUCGAAGGCGACCUGCUCGAGGAGGACUGGCUUUCAUCCAAGAAGAAUCCGUCAGAGCUGUCAGACGAAGAGCUUAACGACGACCUGCUGCAAAGUGACGAGGAAGACCAGAACACGAGUGCGCAGGGUGCAGCUGUGAGCCUGAACGCGACGUCGGGUCUCAGCGAAUCUUACGAGCUCCAGGAAGGAGAUGAAUACGCAGCGGAGGAGUACGGCGUGACGGAGGGAGAGGAGGAGGAGGAGUACAGGGCAGACGAGUACGGAGAUGACGAGGGAAUGGAGUACAACACGGGAGGAAACGAAGACGAAGUGCUGGACCUGCAGAUCAACGAGCCGCUGGAUGAUGAAUUUCAAGUCGAGGACUACGGCGCUGAGCCCCAGGAAGUGCAGCCUGACCAACAGGAAAUGACUGAGGCGGAGGGGGAGGAGCCUGAGGAGGAAGUCGAAGAUGUCUCCCAGGUUACAGAAGCAGAGGAGAUGGAGGCCGAAGCCGAACCUGAGACCGAGACGAAGGAAGAAUCCGACGAGGACGAAGAGGAUGAUGAAGAAUCCGAGCGGCUGCGGUUCAAAACCGAGCGCAAAGACAGCACCGUGGUCCGUCUCUCCGACGCCACCAGCAAACGGCGGAACAUUCCGGAAACGCUGGAACUGACCGAAGAGGCCAAAGCGGACCUGCUGGAGUUUGAGGAGAAGGAGCGGCUGAGGAAACAAGGUCGCUUUGGUGGACGAGGGAGAGGAGGAGGAGUAGGUGGAGGAAGAGGAGGAGGACCUCCCGCGUUCGGGAUGGGAGGUUUCCGUAAAGACGGAGGCGUAGGAAGAGGACGGAUAAACGAACACAGACCUCCACUGAUGCCAAUGAACUUAGGCAUGCAGCCGAGAAUAAUUCCUCCUCAGUCGCAUCGUCCUCAGCCGCGCCAUUCCGUCCAAUGUGGAGGUCCCAGUCUUUUCCCCACGCCGCUCAUCCCGAUCCCCCAGCAGCCUCUGCAGUCCCUGAUGCCUCCGCGCUCACCGGCGCUGCACCAGAGGCCGCAGCAGGACCUGCAGCCGCCGCGCCCUCACGGACACCCACACGCACUUCCACACACACACUCCAACCAGCAGCAGCACCAGCAGCAGCAGCCCAAGAACAUUCACAUCAACCCACAUUUCAGAGGGCCGUCGUCGUCCUCACCUGUGCACGUUCCGUUGGUAUCAUCUGCCCCAAAUCAGCCCAGACCCAACCUCGGCCCUCAGAGAUUCCCGGGCCCUGUGGAUUUCCCGCAGCACCUCCAGGGUAAUUUCCUCCAGCCUCAGAGACCCCCGCCUCAGGAGCAGUGGAGAGGACCACCACCACCUCCUCACCAGGAGAGGGAGCCAUUCUACAGCAACGAGCCACGUUUUCCAGCCCAGCCCCUGUUUGAUCUCCCAGGCUCCGCCCCCCUGUUGAACAACAACAUCCUCCCUCUGUCCUUCCCUCAGCCGGGGCCGGGGUUCUGCCCCCCGGGCGGUGGAAUGUUCCAGAGAGACCUUCCUCCUCCUCGCCACAAUCUGCCCCCCCCUCAGCCUUCUCCUGCCCCGCCUGCGCCCCGCGGUUUCAUGGGACACAGACAGCCGUUUCCUCCACAGCAGCACAACGCCCCCUUCAGUCCUCAGCACGGGCCAUUCGGCAUGCAGGGCCUAAUGCAGCCACACCCUCAGCCGCAGCACCACGACCCGCCCCUACCUCCGCAUCAUCACUCAAUGCACCAGCAUCAGCACAGACAGGAAAUUCCUCCUCUGCCUCAUAAUCAGCAUCACCAGCAUCAACACCAGGGCCAGCCUGGGCAGCAGCAUCCCAUCAUGCACCUCUCUCAGCCGCCCUUCCGUCAGCCCAUUCAGGGUGGACCUAGACAGAUGAAGCCCCGCCCACAAAACAACAUGGGUCACUUAAGAAUGGGGUCACCUUCGUCCCUGCAGCAGCUCCAGAACCUCCCUCAGCGCAACAGUAACCUGCGCGAGCUCCCCAUCGCCCCCGGCAACAAUGACCCCGUCCGCCCCCCUCAGCCUAGGCCCAUGACCAGGGUCACCCAGAAUGCCCGGCCUGGUCAGGGGAUUGGGGGAGGAGCCAUUGGACGAGGGCGGGGUCUUGCUAAACCUGCCCCGACUCCAGGCGCUUCAGAGAUGAAGAAUGAAAUACCAGCCCCACAGACAAGCACACCUGUACAAAAACCAACGCCAAACACACCUGCACAGGAUGAGGAUGAGGACGAGGAAACGCGUCAGUACCGGCUGAAGAUUGAGGAGCAGAAGCGACUGCGUGAGGAAAUCCUUAAACGCAAGGAAAUGCGCAGGCAGAUGCAGGCCGGCGCGCGCAAAAAGGAGCUGCUGGAGCGCCUCGGGGGCCAAGUAACACCCCAAACAACCCCCAUGCAGACUCAAACCACCCCGACUCAACCCCAAACCACCCCAACGCCCCCCGCCGCCGCCCCCAAUGGCGUUAAAUCCCGCCUACAGAACCCCAGCGUAGAGCAAAAGCAGCGUACGCAGAACCCACAGAGACACGUUCCACAGCUCCAAAGUCCCAACGUCAACGUCACGGCGCCUCCAGAGGAGAACAAGAUCACACCGAUCCAGACGCAAGCCAACGCUGUGAGGAAGAGGACCAUCAUGCAGCGCGUUAACACCAGCGGCUCGCCUCAGAUCCCACAAAAAGUGCGAGUUGUUAAACGACUAACGGGCGGAGAGGAAGCUCCGCCCCUCCAGAAUCAGCCGCAGCAAAUGAUUGGUCGAGCCACUCCUCAGCAGAGACUGAGCGCCGUCAGGAAGGUCACGGUGGCAACAGCUGGACCACAACAACCUCCGCAGCAGCAGCAGCAGCAACAGCAGCAGCAGCAACAGCAGCCUGAAGUGAACCAGAGUAACCGGGUGGUGGUUUCGGGUCGGGGGCGUGGUCGUGGUGCUCGUGGCGGUCGGGUGGCGCCGCAGAACAGGCAGAAUACCCGAGCUGCUGAGUCUCAGCCCAGCACGGUGUCUAUAGACGGCCUGUCGUCCUCUACCACCGAGAAACAGAUCAAAAACCUGCUCAACUCCAUCGGCCCCAUACAGAUGUUUAAGAUGAUGCCGCAGCAGAGGAAAGCCAUCGCUACGUUUGUGAAUCCUCAGCACGCUCUGAGUUUCCAGCACAGCUUCCACAGGCACAUGAUCGAUCUGUCCCACAUCGACGUGACCAUUAUCGACGGCUGAGGAUCAGGCGAACGAGAGAACGAUCAGCACAAAGCCGAGAGAUCGAAGCAAGCUCCUGGAAUCAAGGCCGUGUUUUACUCUAAAGCUCUCAAAACACUAAAGCAAGUUUCAGAGGAACUAACGGGAGAAACAAUGGCAAACGACUCGGAUUUAAUCAUCCAUGGUUUCACUGAGAGCUGCUGUUCCUGCUUUGUGUUACGUACUCCACUGAUAAUUCCCAAAACUGAGUCAAAGGUGGGGAAGUCGCUGUGACUGUAGACACGCCGUUUACUGUUAUUGUUAUUAUUAUUAUUUUUUCUUUCGACUGAUUGAUCAGUAAGUGAAACGAGAGAAAGGCUGUUUUUUUAAGCGAACCCGCGUAGUCAAUAACGAUGACGCACGAUAAUGGUUGCUCCCGUCUUCGUAUACACUUUUAAAUACACACUCCUGGACAAGAUUUCCAUUUCCUUGAGAUUGAAAAGCAGGCUGGAGCUGUAGUCUUUGCCACCACUAGAGGGCAGCAUGCGAGUAGAAACCACCAUAAGAGAUUUGUUCACACGUAAUUAUUGAAUAAUUUACGUAAUUCGCUUUAUCUGAGGUCAUGAAGUAUGUGUAGUUCAUCUUUCAGCUCAGGUCACACUUUACGAUCCCAUUUAUUACAAUUAGCCAAUAUAUAAUCAGCUUUUAUUAGAAAGGUUUUAUUUUGGAUCUCUGAUUGUAGGUUUAAAUAUUAACUUGCUAUUUAUUUUAUUAUCAUAAAUCCUCAAUGGCUAGUUUUCCAGAACGGCUAAAAAUUCAAAUGUUCAUAUUUCUCUCGUUUUCCUUUCAUGAAAUAAUUGGCAGUAAGUUGUUUUUUUUUUUGUUUGUUUGUUUAGAUUUAUCCACUUAAAUGAAAAUAGUAAAAACACACCCGCGCUUCGACGUCCUGCUUGCGCUCCAUAAAACGUGCGGUUGUAUUGGUCUUGCGAGAACGUCGUCGUCUUGGCUUUUCCAGUUACACUGCAGCAUUUCCAGAGUGCUUGAACAUACUAGCAUCUUAGCAUUUGAUCAUUUUGGAUAGGCUAAUAGCAGCAAAGCCACAAUCUGAGAGUUUGUUAACUAGCGUUGUGUGUAAUUAGCAGUAGUUUCCUUUCUGGUUGUUAGAUUUUGGGACCACAGUGUUUUUUCGCUCUCGCUCAUGGUUUUCUCUGAGGUAGUUUUUAACGCUAGCUGCAUGCUGUGUCGUAAUUAGCCUAUACAAGUCGAUCUUUUCUGCUCUGAUCAGCUAUAAAGAGGUUACAGUGAGGCAUAUUAACAGUUUUUUUUGUUUUGCUAUGUCCUAAACUUUCAGCACAUUCCCCCAGAUUCCCCAGUUUGAAGGAAUAUUAGACUAACACUGCUAAUUUCACUCUAGGUCUUUGAGUUUCCUUCAUUUUUUCCACUUUAGCUAUGCUAACAGUGUAAUGUUUACAACUUCCUCGUAUAAUUCACAGCUAGAGCAUUAGAUUUCAAUAAGAUUGAGUUCUAAAGUACACUUGGCUUUUUUCCGCUCAGUUUUCAUCUCUUGUUACAUCCAAACAUUGUGUUUGCGUCUGCGUCUGAAGGAUUGUUAUGUUAUGCUAGCUCUGUGCUAACCUGUAUAGAUCAAUUUGUGGAGAUUUUAAGUGGUUAGGGUUUUUUUCUGAGGUAAAAAUGUCCCUAUUUUUAUCAAUUUGUUCACUGUGUUGCUUCAGUGCGCUCCUCCAUUUCCCAAAUUUGAAGGAUUGUUAUGCUAGCAUUGCUAACUAGCGUUCUAGCAAAUAUAGAUCAGUCUUUCUUUCUCUAUUCCUCUCUCUCUCUUUCUAUUUUCUGUUCUUCAUUAUGUUAUCUUUAAUGGUCGCUUUUAUUAUGAUCUGCUUCCUGUGCUACUUCCCAGUUCCCUCAGUUUCUCAUUGGGAGUCUGAGGGGUUAGCUUGCUAGCAUUGCUAACUACUUUGAGGUAAUUAUAGAUCAGUCUUUAUUUUUCCCCCGGACUCUUGUGGUUUUAAAGGCUGGAGUUGUUUCGAAGGGCAUUUUCAUUCUUUUUCCAUUUAAGUCCAGGCAUUUAGCGCUUCAGAGUCAUCAGGAUUGAAGGUUUGUUACGCUAGCUUUGCUGAUUAGCGUUGUGAGUGAACACAGAUCAGUAUUUUCUCCUCACGGAUCCUGAGUUAUGAUAUUUUCCUCAGCUCUAGAUGGAUGUUUCAUUACAUUUUUUUCCAUUUUCGCACAGUUUCCUCAGCGUGUGUUAGCUAGCGUUUAUUGCUAACUAGCGUUGUGGGUGAUUACAGCUCGUUUUUUUUUUCCUCAUGUUGUGGUUUUUAAAAGUAUGGAUGUGUUUUGUGCUACAUCACCGCACCAUUUCCAUUGAGUUAUUUGCGUUUUCACCCAAUUUCCCUAAUGUGAAUGAAUGCAACUUUCUAUUUGCUUUUUCCGAUUAGCAUAGAUGCUGCCCUCGUCCUCGUUCCUCUAGCAUUAAUUAUUCAUUAUUCCUCUAUUCUACGCUUGUCCAGGAGUUGCUGUGUGUCGGGAGCAGCCGCUAUCAGUGCUCACGCUUAUGUACAUAAGACGUGGCUACAUUAGAUAUUUGAGGAACACCAAUUCUAACAGUGGGUGUUUUUUUUUUUUUGUUUUGUUUUUUUUUCUUUUUCCCUUUCCUCCCCCCUGAUUAUAAUUGUCAGAAUUUCUUUUUUGUACUAAACCACAUCACUGCUGGAUUGUUUUACACAUUCUGUUUAACGAAGCACGCUUAGGCCAGAGGUUUAUCUUUGGCAAGCUUAUUAUUUGAAGACGUUUUAAAGAUUAAAAAAAGGAAAAGAAAAAAGAAUAAACGAUGGUCAUGUGUAUACACUGUAAUGAUACGUAUGUGCAGGCGGUUCACUUUAAAGGUUUUCUGUAUGCGUGAGGGGAAAAAAUGUCUGUUUUCCUCAUUUCACCAUCUUAACUUCUCCAUCCAGGUGUUUUGGGUUUAAGUUUUGCGAAAAAAAAAUACUUUUUGAAUUUUGCCAGCUGAUGUUUUUAGAUGUUUUUUUGUUAGAUUCUUAAGGCACUUUUUUCGGGUGACUUCUUGAGUUCUUUUUUUGAGCUCGGACUCAAAGAAAUAUUUUUUUCUCCUGAAUGCAUGAAAAAAUUUGAAACCUAAACAAGCUAAAAGUCAAUACUGCUUUCACAUUUGGCCUUUUUUUUGUUCCCUUUUUAUAUAAGUUAGUUAGCUGAUACUAGCUAGGAAUGGUAAGAGUGUUGCUAUGGUUACAGUGUGCACGAGUGUUGCUAUGGUUACAGUGUGGUUAUGUUACGUGCUCUGGGCAGCUAUUUUCUUUCUUUUUUUUUUUUUUUUUUGAGGGAAAAAAAAAAGACACCAAGUGUGAAAGCAACUUAAUUCAAACACCCUGAUUGCUUUAUAUAAUAUAUAAAUAUAAAUAUAUCUAAAAGUCAGUUUUUAUUUAAAAAUGAUAGCUUGAAUACAUUAAAUAGAUUAAUAUGUCAGUUAUUUAUUUAUAUCUUGUCCACAGGUUUUCUCAUAAGCAUUGGUAAGAUGUCGUGAUCAUUCUGUAUGUGCAUGCUGAAUUUGUGCUCAUUUUUAUUUUAUGUUGGAUUAUUGAUUUAUAAAUUCAUUAAUUUAUUUAUAUUUUUUAUUUAUUUAUUUAUUUUACGUUUUGACCUUCAGAUUAAGUGCACUUUAAGUCUUCAUUUAUAUGGAUUUUCUAAAAAUCCUCAUGCAUUUGAAGCGUAUCAGCUAUGCUGACCCGUGUCACAUGACACAUUUCUAAUACUUAUAUAAGAUUUAAAAAAAAAAGGGAAAAAAAUCUUAUAAGAAAGAAACCAAGGUUCAUAUUGAAUCUGAAAGUAACUUCCUUCGAAGUUUGUGGCUGGAAGAUUUAGCAGCUGCAUCUUUUUUAACUGUAUUUGUUUGUACUGUCAUGUGGUUCAGUUACUUGAAUGUUUUGUAGGAUUAUUUUUUGAUGAUCUUGCAACAAUAGCCGGGCCGUUAUUUUUUGUGAUGCUGGAAACUUUUUAAAAACCUGUUUGUACAUUGAAGGUUACUGUGUCUAUUCUAUAAUUAAGAAUUUGUUGAAGGAUAGACUGGUCAUUUAGGCUAAUUUUAUAUAUUUCACUAAUUUGAGCCUCUUCUUUUGCAGGUUAGAUGUUCCAGAGACUGCCGAAGGGGAGUUUUUUAUUUUAUUUUAUUGUAUUUGUAUUAAAGGAACGGUUCAGCGACAAUUCCCCAGAUGUAGUCGAUCAGCUGAAGACGUGUUUGGUGUCCACUGUUAGCUUCUUCACUUUCCAGCAACAAGGCUAAUGAUGAUGGGGGGAAAAAAAACAUCCUGAAGUGAUGCAGCGUAAAUGCAGAAUUUUAAUAUUAUUUUAAAAAUGAUGUUUUUUGUAGCUAUAUGAAGAUUUUAUAUGUUUAGGGAAAAUAUUAGCCUCAUAGCUCCAGUGCAAAAGCUACCAUCAGACACCAAGUGUUUCAGCUGGUCGACUCCAGAUGAGGUAACGGAGAAGUUGAUUUUUUGGCAAAGUAUUAGUUUAAAGCCUUUAUUUAUGUUUGACAUUUCACCAUAGCUAGCACAUUUGGCUAAAUUGGGAUAAUAAUAUCUUUUAAUAUCUCUUAAAAGCUGAAUUAGAAUCCAAUCAAAGCACAGAGCCUUUCAGUGGAUUUGAACUCAGAAACUUAAAGGGGCAGUAUGUAAUUUUUACAGCCCUCUGCUGCCUUCGAGACGACUGACACUAAAACAUCGCCAAGCCUUCGACUUCCCACAACCGUUAAAUUUAUCUUUGAGUUGCCUUUUAAAUAAUAAGAAAAGGGUAGACUUGAAAGGCUGUGUUUUGGCUUGAGGGGCGGAGCUAACUUUGGGGCCAGAAAAAUGUAAACAGAAAUCGAUAAGAGCCAUUGUUUGCUUGUAAAGGUGUAAAAUUACCUUAAUUUUUAUUUUGGUGGUGUUAUCGUUUAUAAAGCAGAAUCCAUUCUAAAUUUGGUUUUGUUGAUACAGUGGAUUAGAACUCAGAACCUUCUGGAAUGUUAAAGUAGCAGUGUGUAAUUUUUUUUACAGCCCUCUGCUUGUUUCUGAGACUACAACUGAAAGAAAAACUUUAAACUUCACACAGUUGUUAAAAUUAUGCUCAGUUUCUCUUUUAAGUAAAAGAAAUGUGGCUGUGUUUUGGCAGGAAGGGGGCGGCAGAGCUAAUUUCUGGGCCAGAAAAAAUGUAGUCAGAAAUAUGAAAUGAAUUAACUUUUAUAAACGUUUACUUUUAUUUGUACCAGUUUAACUUUUGCAAAGCAGCAUUCAGUGUAAAUACAGAGCAUUACAGUAGAUUAGAACUCAGAACCUUAAAGGAGCAGUGUGUAAUUUUUUAAAGCCCUCUGCUACCUUUGCAGAGCUGAAUCUUUGAGCUGAACAGGAGGCGGAGCUAACUUCUGGGCCAGAAAAUAUAAACAGGAACCUGAACUGAAGAGCCAGUAAGAGGCAUUAAUUUUUGAAUUUUUGUCAAUUACAGUUUUUUUGACGGUGUCUUUGAAAUGAGCCGAUUAUUUAAGGUCUAGAAACGGUUGUAAAUUUUACAUACUGAACCUUUAAGCGCUGAACCGCACCUUUAAUACAGAUUUAUGAAAAAUCCUGCCCUGAUUUCGAUCCAACUAAUGACGGGUUUGUCCACAGCGUGUGUUUCCUGCGAGCGAGUUUCACCUCUAAUGAGAUUACGUUUCUCACCAGGUCCAGGGCCGAUGAACAGAUUCACCAUCCUUCUACCUCCGUCUUUUCUUUCUUGGCAGAAUUGUUAAACACUAGAUAGAGAAAUCUGUGCAUUCUUUCAUCUCUGUAUCUCUAUAAUCAGCGUAUCGGCUCGGCUUCUCCACGCUGACUGCACCUUUAAUGUUCACAUGACGUGCUUUUUUUUUUUUUUUAUAUUAAAGCAGGGAGGACGUGGCGCGUGGAUUUCCUUAGUUUGUUUACCGUGGAUCAGUGACGCUGCACCCAAGCGAACAUUCACACACUCGUUCAGAGCUCCGAGCGAUUUGUCUGUCUGUUACACACACACACACACGCACGCACACACACACUUCUGCGUUGUUGUUGUGGACUCGAAGGGAAACGCUCCGUAUAACAGACAAUUUACUGUACACUCCAAAAGUCAUGUGAUCACUCGUUACUGUGUGGAGUGAACUGUGUGUUCCUAAACUGCUGUCAUGGACGCAUCAGUGUGUACACAUCCUCUUUCUGUCAUCAUGUAAAUGUCAAUGAAAUGUAAACACAAAUCCAAACAGAAUAAAUCUACCUGAAAUAAA